AUGGACUUCCAGUUUGACACGGUGGUGAAGGACCGGCCCACCAUCCUCAGCAAGCUGCUGCUCCUGCAUAACGUACGGCCGGACAUCCCCGCACUCAGCUGGGAGUUUUUUGUCAAUCGCUUCGACACGUUGUCACUCGAGGCUCAGCUCCACCUGGACUGCAACAAGGAGUUCCCCUUUCCCACCACCAUCUCGACGGUGCGAACGAACGUGGUGAACAUGAGCGACGCGGCUAUGUGGAAAAUCAAGCGUGCACGCUGCCGCAAUCGUCAGAAAAGUGUGCGCUCGCUCCGCGACAGCGUGAAGAAGCCGGCGGAGUCCAAGAGGACACACUCGCUGCCGGAAACUCUGACACACAGGCUCCCUUUACGGAUCACUCGCCAUCAGCAGUCUGCUCCAUCACUUGGGGAGAUGAUUAAGCAUGUUUUACCUGGUGGCAACCUGGCAGUGGGAGACGACAUCACCAUCUUGGACCCCCUCCCGGAGGACGCACGCAUCGACCAUCAGACCGUGCACCACCUCAUCACAGUGCUUACCAAGUUCAUGGCCAAGGAACGCAGCACCUCGGAGACCGACGUGUCAUCCGCCAAGGCCUUCAACACCGUCAAGAGACACCUGCACGUACUGCUGGGCUACGACCAGCAGGAGGGCUGCUUCAUGGUGGCUCCCAAUAAGAUGCGCAGCAGCACCUGCUUUAAUGCCUUCAUGACCGGCAUUGCGCAGGUGCUCGACUGUAACAUCAGCCUGGGCCGGCAGCUGCUGCCACUCGUGCUGCAAGUGCUGAAGUAUGGUGCCUGCCCUCAGCUGCGCCACUACUUCCAGCAGCCGCCGCGCUGCUCGCUCUGGUCCCUGCAUCCGCACACGCGGCAGCUCUGGCUCCGUACUCUCAUAGUCAUCCUCUACAAGUACCCCUACAAGGAGCCGGACACAUGCAAGGUGGUGCUGCAGCUGAUCUAUGUGGUGGUGAACACGCUGGACGCCCAGUACCACAGCUGCAAGCCGCACCCCACUGCAGGCCCCCUCUACAGUGACAACAGCAACACGAGCAAGUACAGCGACAAGGAGAAGAUGGAAGACAGCGUUUUUGAUGAGUCUGAUGGUCACGAAACACCCACACGAGGAAAAGAGUCCCAAACAUUCCUGGCAAAACUCAAGAAGAUGGGAGGAUUGAAGAAUACCAAAUAUCAGCAAGUUGAUAUGCUACCUCAACGGAAUUCAGACAUAGAGCUAUCACAAUACAAAGAUAAAUGUGCCCUGCACGACAUCCUAAAGUCUCAGUCAAGCCCCUCGCCAAAAACCCAGGAGGAGCUGCUUUCAGUGUCCAUCUCAGUGCCAUCCAUCAGUUCAUCCAGCAAGAGGCUCUUGCGGCCCAAGCACAGGUCCAUGGAGCACAGGAGCACAUACUCGGAGCCACUCCACCCAGCCCUGGUGGAGUGCCACAGGAGGUCCUUCUCCGCCAGUCCAGAUAUUGAAAGACGCUUCUUGCCAUCGUCCAAACACCAUGACGCCAGCCAGAACUCCUCGCCCGACAGCCAGAUAUUUGUGUCUCACCACAGGGGAGGCGACGAGCACGUGGCAGCGGCGGCCAAGGCGAAGCAGAUGACGAAAAGCAUCACGCCCGACAUCAGGCUCAGUUUUUUGGAUGUGCCGGAGGUGAAACUCGAGGACAUUGAGGAGUUUGAAGCGGAGAACAGAAAGGAUGGCGAUCUGAUGAGUAUCUCGCCUGACAAGGCGGUCACGGCCGCUUUGGAAAAGCUGUCGAUGAUCACAAGCUCCGACAGUGAUUCGCUAACAUUUGAUCUUCUCCCGCCGUUGCAAAUCAUAGAGAGCGACGAUGAGAACGAGCCGGGAGAAGGGAAGCCUUUGAAGGGUAUGGACACCCAAGGUCAUGGCCCCAAGGUGACACCUGUGGUGAUGGUCAACAUCGAGGACUGCACCGGGGAGGUUUCCAUCCGGGUGCCCGACAGCACCGCUUGGCUGCAGCCUCCGAGCGCGGCAGACUUUCCCGCGAUCCCAAGCGCGACGUCAGAGUGCCUCGAAAUCUUCAGCUGCGGCGCAGACAGCCCGGCUUCGACGAGCACUUCGGACAGAGACAGCGGUGCCAGCGCGAAGCAGAAAACCAAAAGGGGCCCGCUCGAGAAGCACAUGGCGGUGCAGGAGACUCCCCCUGAUGAGAGCCCCUCCAACGGCAUCGACGGUGAGAGGGAGCGCACGCCGUCCUGCGCUGUCGCAGAAGAUGAUCGAGAGGCCGAAACGACCGAGGCAACCAUAGAAGAAGGUGACCUCAAGGAGGGUGAGGAAGAGGAGGGGGAAGAGGGAGAAUUCCGCAUUCAAAUUGUUCCCCGGCAGAAGAAGGAGCGGAAAAUCGCAGUCAGCGCCAUUCAGAGGGAAUACCUGGACAUGCCCUUCAGCAUGCCGCAGCAGUCCAUAGACAUCGACGAUGGAGCUCAUUACAAGCCAAUGAAGCGUGCUUCUCUGGGCGUCCUGACACUGCAGCAGCCGCUAAGGCAGCAGCUGGAGCAGCAGGGAAACAGUCCGCAGCCCCUCGGAGCCUGGGAGGCAGGCACCAAGUACAGCCUGGUGUCAGCUGCCAGCAUCCCCAGCAUGUUUGUGCCGGUGCCAGAGGAGUUCACGGACGAGCAACCGACCCUGGCAACGGACAGGUGCCACGACUGCGGCGCCAUUCUGGAGGAGUACGAUGAGGACACGCUGAGUUUGUCCAUCGUUACACUGUCCACCUUCAUCCACCUCAGCCCUGAGGUCGCCGCACCCCUGCUGCUCGAUAUGCUGCAGUCUGUCGGCAGACUGGCAUCCAGUGCGACGUAUCCAUGGCAAACAGAGAGUGUGGUGAUUCCGGGUAAUGCACCUGGCGUCGCCAAGCAGUUUCUGCGCUGCGUUUUCCACCAGCUCGCUCCGAAUGGCAUCCUGCCACAGCUCUUCCAAAGCAACAUCAAAGAUACAAACUUCCUAAGAACGCUGUCGUCAGCCCUGUCUGACUUUUCAGAACUCAGCUCGCUUGCUGCCCUGAACAUUCUCCUCGAGGGCCUCAAUGGCAAGAAAAACCUGCAUGGGGGAGCAAUGCUCAGAUGCCUCGACAACUUGGCCACGUUCAUGGAGGCAUUGCCCAUGGAGUCACCCAGCAACCUGUGGGCUGGCAUCUGUAACCACUUCCAAACCUUUUUGCCCAAGUUAUCCUCAGUCCUGCCUGUCAAGUGCUGCCUGGACUCUUGCCUGCGGAUCAUGAUCAGUCUCCUCAAGAUCCCUGCAACCGUCGCCACACGGAGUCUGCUUGAACAGUUUUCUAAGCUGCUCGGCUUUGUGAUCCAAAACUCCAACUUUAAUCUGGCUUAUGUCAUGGAACUCUGCGCCCUUUGCUACAAGGGAUUUACAAAGGAGAGAGACAAGCUCUAUCUGACUCGGAGUGUCGUUCUUGAGCUGUUACAAGCACUGAAGUUCAAGUCCACCUUGCAGGACACAAACAUUCUCUACCUUGUUCAGUUUAUUUGCUCGGAUGUAGGCACGAGGUUGGCAAGCUCCUUGAUCCUCCAGAAAAAUAUCAUCAACAACUUACCAACAUGCCAGACGGCUGCCAUGGAGUGCGUCAGGCAGUACCUGAUGGACAUUCUGGACUUUAUCGCCGAUCUGCAUACACUCACCAAGCUCAGAACGCACAUGAAGGCAUGCGCCCAGAGCUUGCAUGAGGACACAUUUGGCGGCCAGCUCAAGGUGGGGCUGUCGCAGGUGGUGGCGAUGGAGAUAACGCGGGGAAAUCACCGUGAUAACAAGGCGGUUAUGCGCUGCCUGCCCUGGCUCUUCCACCCACCCUCCACCAUGCAGCAAGGACCCAAGGAGUUCAUAGAGUGCGUGUCGCAUAUUCGCCUGCUGUCGUGGCUGCUGCUUGGCUCGCUGAACCACCUGAGCGUGAGCUCCCCGAUGGCUCCGGCCUGUACCCCCAUCCCGCUCGACGCUGGGCCCCACGUGGCCGAUCACCUGCUCGUCAUCAUCAUGGGCUUUUCGGAGCACUCCAAGGCCUCGGUGGUCCACAUGUCGUCGCUGUUCCACGCGUUCGUGUUCGCUCAACUGUGGACAGUGUACUGCGAGCAGCUCGGUGGACCCGGCGGUGGGACGCCCACGCUCAACGAGGCCGGCUCGGCUGCGGCGCUCACUGCCAUGGAGUUCUGGAGCCGCGUCACUCCCGGCAUCCUGCAGCUCAUGGCGCACAACCGUACCCUGGUGGAGAUGGUAAGCCUGCACGUCAUCAGCCUCAUGGAGGCCUUGCAGGGCUGCAACUCCAGCAUUUUAGUCAAGCUUCUGCCCAUGUGGUUACCGAUGAUCAACUCCAACUCUAAGCACCUGUCGGGAGGCCUCCGGCUGAGGCUGCAAGCCGUCCAGAGCCGUGUACGCUCUCCGGGUGUGGGGCUGGCCGGCCCGUCGCCCUGCCAGCCGGCCUCCGCGCCCUUCUCCAACGCAUUUGGUUGCAUGUCGGCCGAACGCGGGCCUCCCCACCUCCAACAGUGGCUCCGAUGCACGCAGUUCAAGAUGGCACAGGUGGAAAUGCAGUCGUCUGAGGCGGCGUCGCAGUUCUACCCACUGUGA